GUUUCCACGUGACACAUUAGUGGGAUAGAGGUUUUGAAAACGGAACACAUAAGUCCCUCUCACUCAAGUAAAAUGACUACAUUGCCCUUAACCAUAAUUCUAUCCUCACCGCCUCUCUCCUCUUCACCUGCGCAGCCCCCAACCCUCCUCUCCUCACUCUUUCUGCCUUCUCAACUAUACACACACAAAACAAAUGCAUUCACACACAUGGAAGAGAGAUCCGAGAAGGGAGAUGCGUCGCCGGUAGGGUGUGGGCCGCCGUCACGCCAUCGUCAAGCUGGAGGGAGGAGCCGUCGCCGCCACGCCUCACCGUCGAUCUCCUCUUCACCUGCUUUCAAUUCCCAAUUGGAGACCGAUCUUCUUUCUUCCAAUCUCUCAUCUGCUUCCUCAUACAUUCCGAUUCGCUUCUCUAUUCUGAUUCUACGAUUCCAUUCCAUUCCAUCAAUUCAAUUCUUCUACUCUCCGAUUGUUUUCCUUCCACAGCUAAAGGUUAAGAGAGAUGGCUAACAAUGCUGCUACGUGUGCUGAGAGGGCAACAAGUGACAUGCUUAUUGGUCCUGAUUGGGCAAUUAACAUUGAGUUGUGUGAUAUCAUCAAUUUGGACCCUAAGCAAGCAAAGGAUGCGUUAAAGAUACUUAAGAAGCGUUUGGGCAAUAAAAGUCCCAAGAUACAACUUCUGGCACUUUUUGCACUGGAGACCCUUAGUAAAAAUUGUGGUGAAAGCGUGUUUCAGCAGAUUGUUGAGCGCAGGUGAAGAGGAGAUCGACGGUGAGGCGUGGCGGCGACGGCUCCUCCCUCCAGCUUGACGAUGGCGUGACGGCGGCCCACACCCUACCGGCGACGCAUCUCCCUUCUCGGAU